AUGCUGGAAAAAUGGGUCAUCUUGCUGUUUUCGAUUCUAACGGUACUGCCAAACACGAGAGCCGAGACUCCCGAAGAUCGCUGCUUGGAGCCGGUCGAUCAGGGACCCUGUCAAACUUUUCAGAUAAAAUGGUUCUGGGAUGAGGCGGACGGCCAAUGCAAGGAAUUCCACUAUGGAGGCUGUCUAGGCACCAAAAAUAGGCAAAUU